AUGCUCCGUAAUGUGGUUAUAAACUGUCACCAGUUUGGUUGCAAUGCUCUUGAUUCAGUGAAUUGACUAUUUGAGCUAAAUCACCUCUCCUCUCGACCCAUCUCAAACUCAACUACCAAUGAACCCGAAGAAGCUCAAAUCAUACCUCCUGCAAUUAAUGGUCGUGACGAUGUUUUGGCUCGGGCUAAUAUUAAUGAGGCUGCUGCGCCUCUAGGUCUUUUUGCUAAUCUUUUUCGUCGUUUUGGUGUAUUAGUACCUGGUGGUGGUGGUGAUGCUGCUGCUGAUGGUGUUAUGGGGGGUGUAGCAGCAGCAGUUGCUGCUGAAGAAGAUGAGAACAAUGCUGGUGCCGCAGGAAUAGUUGAUCUUCUUGAUUUAUUCUACAUGUUCUUCCGCCUCGGGAUAGUCCUGGCAAUUUGUGCAGUCUACUCUUCUCUUGAAAAAACACUAGUCGUAAUCGGCGUCGUUCUUUGUGUAUACAUACACAAUCAUCUGAGAGAGCGUCAGAUGUUGAGGCGACAGCAAGAAGAGACCGAACGGAGAAGACAAGAUAACCAGGAAAGACAGCGCCUUCGUCCAACUUCCGAAGCUUCCCUCUCAGAUUCCGGCCCUUCAGCAUCUCAGGAUCAAUUGGUUACUCAACCCAGUCAUUUGGAAGAGUCGAAUUCACAACACUCCCUUAAUCCUGAGACUAACGUCGCAGAACAUAUCGCUGUUGAGGUUAAUGCUGACGAUGCUUUUCAGGGUCCAGCUGCAGUUGAUCGCCUCAGAGCGGUAGCUGCAACAUCAUUGCAGUUUGUCACCACCUUGAUAACUUCGAUCAUACCGGAGCCACAAGCCGGCUAA